CUUUCAAAUCUCCCCAACUACUAUCCGCAUCGACUUGAGCACAGCGCUGCUUACCAUCUUGCCCACUUGAAGAAUGUGGGUCGUUGACUAUAUCCGCGAUCUUGUCAAUCCAAGGCGUCCCUACGAGGCAAGCCCUGUACGCCAAGCCCUGUACGCCGAGGCCCCCCCUGUGUCUGUACGAGCAAGCCACACCCCCCACGCCCUUCGACAGAGCGCACUGUCUUUGGCACAACCUCUGUUUCGCUUUGGGGAUGGCCGUCCCGAGGCGGAUUCAUUGUUCUCGAGCUUGUGUCGCCGGUAGAUUUCGACUUCCUGGGCCUGGACCCCGUCCACCCGCCAAUGCGCCGCGACCCCGACCAGGACGCCGAGGACAGGUUCUGCCAACAGCUGCUCCUGCUAGGCGCCAAGUGGUUCGACAGCCGCAAACGAUACUAUUUCAUUUUAGAAGUCGAGGAUGACGAGAAACCUGCUAUCAUUGAACUCGAAGAGGGCGACACGCCAUUGCCGACGAGAAUGGAACGGCGAUUGGUCAAGGUCGGCAUACAGAGUGGGCCGAACCCAGGACUGUGGGUUGCCGAGUAUGAAACUACCAUGUACGGCUUCCGGGAGAAGCGCAACUUUGUUCCAACCUGGGCGUCAAAAGUGACACUGGCGAUGACAAUGGAGCAGAGGUGCGAGAUUCUGAAGAAUAUGGGAGCAAAGUUUUUCGCAACUCUCGACGACUACGAUGGUGCCGGCUGCUUGAAGGCUUGGAAGGAGAAGAGUCAGGGUGAGGUUGGACCCCUCGUUCAGACACAUUAUACUAGCCCGCCAGCUGUCAGCCAUUCCGGACCCACGAUGCCAUGUUGAUUGAAGCCCUGGCACCACCGAGGACCCUUCUGCUGGCAAUCUGAGUUCGACAGAGUGGCUAAAAAAAGAAAACUGCUGCUAUGUAUAUGAGUGUUCAAGAACCCUUUUACUUAACAAAUACAAGUUCUUACGUAUCUC